AAACAAGUCAUCGCGACAACACUUUGACGUCAUCGCACACGUGACGGAAGUCAACCGUGGACGGCGAGCGACUUCCGCUGCCGACAAGCGUCCGAGCUAGCCGGCUAGCAUCGCGUCGGUGUCGUCGUUUGUCUCCUUUGUGUCUGGAAGUCGUCCGCGAGCGCCGCCGUCCAAAUCUUUUUGGCCUCCGCCGACCGCAAGUGGAUCGCUUCGCCGCGAAAAUGGCGGCCGACCGCCGCGAAGACCGAGACGGCGAGCUCAACGUUCUGGAGGACAUUUUGACCGAAGCCCCGGAUCAGGACGACGAGCUGUACAACCCUCAGACGGAGCGACACGUCGCGGAUAAGAAAGGAGCAAAACGCAAGAGCGUUCACUCGGAGUGCCGCGAGCGGAAGCGUCUGCGGGGCUCUUCCGGCCACGCCCCCUCCGAUAAGAGGGGCUCGGCCGCGACCCUCUCGUCGUCGUGCCACAAGAGGUCGGCGGGCAGCCCCCACAGACGCCACGCGGGCGGCUACCGCGGCGGCGACUACGACGAGCGGAAGAGCCGGCGGGGGACGAGGGACGGCAGCCGCGGGGGCGAGCGCGCCAGGAGGGGGCGCUCGCCCGGAGACGGAGACGCCGCCGAGCAGAAGCGGCACAGCAGCCCCUCCCACCAUCGGGGCGAUAACCAAUCGGACGAGGACGCGGCACCAGAGUACGCGUCGGAGCAGCGUUCCGGAAGCUCCUCCCCUUCCGCCGCCGCCGCCGCUUCUCACGAAGACGAAGAAGAGCAGGAAGAUGAGGAGGAAGUAGGAGAAGAAGAAGAGGGGGAGGAGGACGAGGAGGGGGAGGAUGAAGAAGAGGAGGAGGAAGAGGAGGAGGAAGGCGAGAAGGAAGAAGAAGAAGAAGAAGAAGGGGAGGAGGAAGAGGAGUACGAGCGCCGCGGCGAAGGCAACGACUACGACACGCGCAGCGAGGCGGGCGAUUCGCGCUCCGCCUCCUCCGUCAGUUUCUCCGACGGCGAGUCGGCGCGCUCGGCCUCGGCUUCCGACGGCUCAGGUUCCGGGAAGAAGCGGGAGAAGCUCUCGUCGUCGGUGCGGGCCGUCAAUCCCACCAGCAACCUUCGCUACAUCCUGCGCGAGUCUCGCUACUUUGUCAUCAAGAGCAACAACCACGAGAACGUCUCGCUGGCCAAAGCUAAAGGCGUGUGGUCCACGCUGCCCGUCAACGAGAAGAAACUGAACGCGGCCUUCCGCUCGGCUCGCAGCGUCAUCCUGGUCUUCUCCGUCCGCGAGAGCGGAAAAUUCCAAGGUUUUGCCCGCUUGGCUUCGGAGUCUCUUCACGGCGGCUCCCCCAUCCAUUGGGUCCUCCCCGCCGGCAUGAACGCCAAAAUGUUGGGCGGAGUCUUUAAGAUCGACUGGCUGUGCAGGCGCGAGCUUCCCUUCACCAAGACGGCUCACCUUUCCAACCCCUGGAACGAGCACAAGCCCGUCAAGAUCGGACGGGACGGACAGGAAAUCCAGCCGGACGUGGGCGCUCAGCUGUGCGCGCUCUUCCCGUUGGACGAGAGCGUGGACAUCCACCAGGUGGCGCGGCGCGUCCGCCACAAGCGUGAGACCCCUUCGGAAACGCGACCCCGCGGCCGCCCGCCGCUGCGCGAGCCGGGAAGGCGUCGUCUCGAAGAGUACGACCUCCACGGCAGGAAGCGACCUCGGGCCGAGUGUCCGGACUUCAACCAGCGACCAGGUUGUAAAAUGAGAGUCCAAGAGAGGAAGCCUCAAAUGUUGUUUUCCAGUGACCUUAAGAACGUCUCACGGGGUCGCCGCCGCCGCCGCUCGAUAGCCCCGUUCACCGAACGAUCUUCUUUCCCUUUCAGGCUUCAUCCCGGACCUGCGCAACCAGCCGGUGGACAGGCGGUUCUCCAACGUGAGGCGAGAUGUUUUCCUCAACGGGUCUUACACAGACUACAUGAGGGACUACCACCACAACGUGGGACCGCCCCCUCCUUGGCAGACCUUGGCGACCUACCCGGGCGUGGAGCCGCCCGCCCCCCACCACCCUCCGUACUACCAUCACAACCACCCCCCGCCGCCCCCUCACCAGGCGUACCACCACCACCACCCCGUUCCGCCGCACGAGGCCCCGCCCCCUCGCUUCAGAGACAAACAGCGAGCGGCGCCGCCGCAUCGCGCUUUUACCUCCAGUCCGCACGACUACGACAUGCGCGUGGACGACUUCCUGCGGCGGACGCAGGCGGUCGUCAGCAGUCGGCGAGAACGCGAGCGGCAGCGCGAGCGCGAGCGGGUGGCGCCGAGACGAGAGCGAGAGCGUCCCCGGGACCGAGACCGGGACAAAGAGAGGGGCCGCUACCGCAGAUGAGCGGGCGUGUCACUUCCCGUGCGGAACAGGACCUGACUGGUCUUGUUUUUCCCUUUUCGUCGGGACCAGCGACGAGGAAAAACGCCAGCCGUGGCGACUUCCCGCAAUCCUCCGCGGGAACCAGGAUGCAGUAUGUCAGUAUUGCGGGCCAACAUGAAAUAGAUGAGCCUCUGCUUCUUUUAUUGUGAAAUGUUUCUUGAACAAAGUGUUUCCUCCUUUGGUUGA